GGCGUGGCCGGCGUGGACCAGGAGGGCGUGGUCGCCAACAUGAUGGCCCUCGCCCUGAAGAGGACGGGCAGGACGCGGCUGGCGGCCGAGGGCUACUUCCGCGCCCUGGGCAUCGCCCGGCGCCUGGGCCAGCGGCGGAACCAGGCGGUGGCCCUGGCCAACUUCGGGGCGCUGUGCCUGCAGGCGGGGGCCCGCGGGCUGGCCCAGCACUACCUCCUGGAGGCCGUGAGGCUCUUCUCAGGGCUGCCCAGCGGGGAGUGCGGCCGGGACUUCACCCAUGUGCUCCUGCAGCUGGGCCACCUGUACACGCGCCGGGCCCUCGCCCAGCGGGGCAAGUGCUACUACGAGUGGGCCUUCCUGGUCGCCGCGGAGACGGGCAACCUGGAGAGCCAGCUGCGUGCCGUCCAGCGGCUGUGCCACUUCUACAGCUCAGUCAGGCCCCGCAGGGCCCAGUGCGUCGUCUACCACGAGUUCCAGCUCGCGCUGGCCCGCCGGGCGGCCGACAAGGCGCUGGAGGGGCAGCUCCUGGAGACCAUCAGCCGGCUCUACCUGUCCCUGGGCACCGAGCGGGCCUACAGAUCGGCGCUGGACUACACCAAGCGCAGCCUGGGCAUCUUCAUCGACCUCCAGGAGAAGGAGAAGGAGGCGCACGCCUGGCUGCAGGCGGGGAAGAUCUACUACCUGCUCCAGCAGAAUGAGCUGGUGGACCUGUACAUCCAGGACCGGGCGCUGCCCCUGGCCGUGACCACAGGGAAGCAGGAGGCGGAGCUUCGGCUGUGCAACAAGCUGGUGGCACUGCUGGCGGAGCUGGGCCUGCAGCAGGAGGGCCUGGAGUUCGCCCACAUGGCCCUGGCUCUCAGCAUCACCCUGGGAGACCGUCUGAAUGAGCGCGUGGCCUACCACCGGCUGGCCGCCCUGCACCAGCGGCUGGGCCACGGCGAGCUGGCCGAGCACUUCUACCUCAAGGCGCUCUCGCUCUGCAGCUCGCCGCUCGAGUUCGACGAGGAGACGCUGUACUACGUGAAGGUGUACCUGGUGCUGGGCGACAUCACCUUCUAUGACCUGAAGGACCCCUUCGACGCGGCCGGGUACUACCAGCUGGCGCUGGCGGCGGCCGUGGACUUGGGCAACAAAAAGGCCCAGAUGAAGAUCUACACGCGCCUGGCCACCAUCUACCACAACUUCCUGCUGGACCGCGAGAAGUCCCUCUUCUUCUACCAGAAGGCCCGCACCUUCGCCUCCGAGCUCAACCUCCGCAGGGUCAGCCUGGCCCCGCAGCGGUGCUGGGGGCGCGCACCCUGGCUGGCCUCCGGCCACCCGCCCUGACCCGCCCCGAGGCCCGUGCUGGCGGAGUGCGUCCUGGCGGCGCGUUUUCCGGGGAACAAAGGAGGCGGCCAAGCGGCAAUAAAUGUUCUGCAGGCACCUCCUCAAGUCUGCAGGCCCCUCCCUGCGGCCUCCUGGGGAGGGCCCAGGGCCUGGCCCAUCCUGGGGGCCACCACCUGCGGCUGCACCCCAUCCUCGGGCCUAAGUGGGUCGUCUGUGAGCCCGGCAGACCCAGGCGGAUCCCCUGCCAGCCACCGGCGGCGUGGCCUUGGGCAAGUUCCUCCCCGGCUCCCCUCCCAGAGCCCCCACUGUGUGUCCGCAUGGUGCUCCGCCGUGAAUCUUAAGCCUCCCGUGAGGUCGGACUGCGGUGCUCCCCUUCGACAGCUGAAGAAAUAGAGGACCAGAGAGGCUAGGAGCUUUGCCCGCUGCCACACAGCAGAUACGGAGGGAGGGCCAUGUGGGGUCCGCUGCUGGGCCGCCCACCCCUGCCCUGCCCAGCUGCUCCCCCCACAGGCCGCCAGGGCAGGAACCCAGGCAUCCCCUUGCAAUCCUCUCCCCGACUCACAGGCAGGGAACCGAGGCUCAGAGAGGGGUGCCAGGGGCUUCUCACCGCACGGCUCUAUUCCGGCCCCUCUUCUUUCUUGAACUUAUUUUGUUAACGAGGAGAAAUUCACAUAAUAUAAAUGUAACGAUUUCAA